AAGAAAUCAGCAGCUGUUUUCUUUAUCAGUCAGGAAAACUAUUUUGUACUCUAGCCUAAAUAUGACAAUGGACCGGGUUCAAAUAUAUUCGAAACGCGAUGAAAUUAUUGAAAGUCUAUUGGCUCAUACAUGGGUAAUAGCGCAUGUUUGUACGCCAAAUAUUUACGCUGCGCAUCACGUGAGUGUCAUAUGAAUUAUGAUGGUGCAUUUUAGAAAAGGUAUAUAUAUAUAUAUUUAAACUGCAAUUGUUAAAUGACGGCGUAUAGCUUGUAAUAUAGCAAUAUAGCUGAGUUGAAAGUUUGUCUCGAAACCAAUUGUCACAAGAAAUAGGAAAUGUCAAAGAAAGAGAUGAAUCUUGAGCCGUCUGCUCCUACUGAACAAGAAUUAUAUUCUGGCAUAGUAGACGAUGUCGGAGAUUAUCAAGAUUCACCACCGCCUUACACCGAAGUUCAACCGAAUUCACAUCUCGCUGCUGAAAUGAACGGAGCUACGAGUCUGUCGCCCGAUGCUCAGAAUAUAAUGUUGGAGCCCGCAAGAAACUUGAUUCAAAACUCAAAAUUUCAUGAAGCGGCAUCAAUGCUUGAGAAAUUACCUUUGACCAUAACUCAACAACUAAUGUUGGCAGAAUGCUAUAUCCGACUUCAUCGGAAUAUGAAUGCGACAAAGAGAAUCAUCGAACUCGAAACGAUGUUGACUUCAUCACACCGACCGAAAUUGAGUGACGUCAACAAAGUGAUUAACAGUUAUAUUGAUAAUUCCCAAUAUAUUCGUGCUCUAAUUUUAAUUCUCUGUUCGGCUAAACUGUACAAGAUAGAGUUGAGUCCCGACGUGGCUAUUGUAAGGUUCCACGGAGAGAGAGCUGUGAAAGUUUACGAUAUCAUAAUUUCGAUGAAAAAGAAGGGGAAGGAAAUGCAUGCUAUCGCCAAAGAUUUUGGGGUGGAAAUACUGCUAGAGCUCUUUACAGUCGUGCAAAGUUUUCGCGAUAUUGAACCAACUUUGAAACUCACUCAAGAGGCAUAUGGUAUAAACUUAAUUGCAGCUAUGUAUGGUGCUCUCGAAGAAUAUAAAAAAGAAAUAGACUAUUGCAAUAUUGGAAUUGAUUUCAUGAAGAAAAAGUUUGAUGAAGGUGCUCAGGAAUAUCGUAUUUAUGGUCAUUUGUGGAAUAAUAAAGCAAUAGCUUACGGCCUAGACGGCAACUACAUUGAAUCGGAGAAAAAUUACGUAGUAGCUCUGGAAUGCUACCGUAAAGUUAAAGAUUGGAGGGGCGACGAACAAGAGAAAAAGUUUAUAGGCGGAGUUGAAAGUCGUCUCAGAUCAAAGCGAGACCUAAUUAAGAAAAUGAAUGAAUAAUAAUUUUUCAUAAACCAUUAUUCCAUUAUUAUACAGUAAUGAUUAACUUUGUAUGAAAUUUAAUGAAUCGAUCUCCACUUAUGAUCGAUUAUACCCAAAUAUAUUAAAGACUUCGAAAUAUGCCAAUUUUUAUGAAUCAAGAAAUCUACUUUAAUUUUUGUAAUAACAAAAGCCCAAAGUAAGGCUUAGAACGAUAAUAUAUCAAGACUAUACUCUCUCACGUUGUUUCGUACACUUUUAACAUAAAAACUAUUGUGUAACACGUUUUCAUUUCAUCUUGGGUCAUUUGAGCAUAUGUAGGAUUGCCAUAUUGACUUUUUUAACGCCAAAUUUAACAAUUCUGGUAACACGUUUGGUGUCAGAAUUCCAGUUUGGCGUUAUGGCUUUUUAUGUCUAUUCUAUUGUUUUUUUAUUUAAAAUCAUAUGGAUUACAAUAUUUAGU